UUUCAUCCAGAGGGAGUACAAUCCUACAAAAUACUACAUGUCAGCAGAUAAAAGAUAUGUCCUUCUCACAAAUUACAUGGUACAAAUUUACAGACAUUCCUACACAGCCAAGUACAAGAUUUUUGACUUGAAAAAUGAAGAAAUGCUCCCCCUGGAGGAUGAUGAGGAGCUACAGUAUGCAGCUUGGGGACCGGUUCAUAAUCAGAUGGUUUUUGUGAAGAAAAAUAAUGUCUAUUAUAUACCAAGCGUGGGUGCCAACCCUAUACAAAUCACCAUCAAUGGUAAAGAUGGAAUAAUUUACAAUGGAAUACCCGACUGGAUUUAUGAAGAGGAAAUAUUAGAAACAAACCAUGCUGUCUGGUGGUCAGAUGAUGGGAAGAAACUCUGUUAUGCAGUUUUUGAUGACACUUAUGUUAAAGAAAUGAAAUAUUCUGUGUAUGGCAGUUAUGAAGAUGAAAAUAAUAUCUAUCCAAAAAUUAUUAGCACAAAAUAUCCAAAGCCAGGUACUACUAAUCCUGAGGUCACUCUUAAAGUUGUGGAACUAGGUAGCAAGCCUGUACCUAGAGAUCUUGUAUUACCACGUGAAAUGAAAGAUAAGGAACAUUACUUUACUCAAGUUGCUUGGAUUGACAAUAGUCGUUUAAUAGUAGUGUGGCUACAAAGAUCACAGAACUACUCCAUAAUCAGUGUAUGUGAAGAAAAGAGAAACUGGCAGUGUUUAAAGAAUAUAGAAGAAACUAGUAGCACUGGAUGGGUUGAUCUUCAUGAUACCAUCAUUGUUAGUAAGGAUAAGAAAUCUUACUUUGUACGUCUGCCAGUGAAUGAUGGUACCAAUGGAAAGUUUCGCCACAUAGUAAAGGUGGACAUAUUGAGAAAACGGAAGACAUCAUUAACACAUGGGAGCUAUGACGUUACAAGAAUUCUUGCUCAUCAACAAGAAACAAACACAGUGUAUUAUGUUACCACUUUGGAAAACAAACCUGCAGAAAGGCAUGUUUUUAGUGUGAAAGUAAUGAGUGCAGCAGCUAAGCAACGAUCAGAGGUGUGCUUAUCUUGUGACCUUGGAGAUCAGUGUUUGUAUAACAGUGCCAUUUUCAGCCCUGGUGCCAAAUACUACAUUCUAGAAUGUUUAGGACCUGGAAUUCCAAGAAUAGAACUGCGACAAAUCGAUAAUAACAAAUUAGUUUAUGUGUUGGACAGUAAUGAUGAAUUGCGAGAAUAUUAUGACCGAAAGGCACUGCCAAAAGUUCAAACUUUUCAAGUCCCUGUGACUAAUGAAUUUAAUGCCAUUGUCCGACUGUUUCUUCCUCCACAGCUUCGAGAUGAUGAAAUCACUAAAUACCCUUUGGUGGUUUAUGUGUAUUGUGGCCCUGGCAGCCAGAUGGUCACUGAAAAGUUUGAUGUUAGCUGGGGAACCUAUCUUGCAAGCAGUAAAGGUUUUAUCUACGCCAUUAUUGAUGGUAGAGGAAGCGGUAAUCGUGGUGAUAAGGUGUUGCAUGAAAUAUAUAAAAAUCUAGGGAGUGUAGAAAUACAAGAUCAAAUAAAUGUUGUCAGGUAUCUUAGAAGUGAAUUGCCAUUCAUUGAUGCAGAAAAAAUUGCUCUUUGGGGAUGGUCUUAUGGAGGUUAUGCCACAGGCAUGGCUUUGGCUACUGAUACAGAUGUGUUUCAGUGUGGUUUAUCUGAAGCUCCUGUUACUAACUGGUGCUACUAUGAUUCUGUUUAUACUGAGCGAUACAUGAAACUUCCAGAAGAAAAUUAUGUUGGGUAUGAGAAAGCUAACCUCUUAAAAAAAGCAGGAAAUAUCAAGGGUAAAAAGUACCUUCUAAUCCAUGGAACAAGUGAUGAUAAUGUACACAUUCAGCAGUCCAUGAUGUUGAUGAAAGCUCUGUCUGAAAAGGAUGUGCUCUUCCAAAUACAGUUAUAUCCAGAUGAAAAUCAUUCCCUUUCCCACAUGAAGUUGCAUCUAUACAGAACCAUGGAAGGUUUCCUUGAUCGUUGUUUUGAUAUGCAUACAACAGAAGAAAUUGGUCUUCAAAAAGUCAACAAGAAAAUUAACAAAGGAAGCUAGUUGAUUUCAUUUUCAAUACACAAACUUUUCUAAGCUAUUUCUGCAAGAAAAGAAAUUUUCUUUCAAAUUGUCUUAACUCUGUUUUCAAGUAAACUCGGAAUUCUGUGUAAUAAACUUGUUUUCUUACUUUGGAUUGGCCAACCACAAGACUGUGCCAAAUCUAGAUAUAUGAUAGCAUUAGUAAUGAAUUUAACAUGUGGUUAUGAUGAAAGGAACUUGAAGAGUAUGUAGAACCUGUAGACAAAAUAUCCUAAUGUUAAUAUUUCCUUUAUAUCACUUAGUAUCUUUAUCAUCUUUUCACUGAUAACACAUUUGUAAACAUAAAAACCAAUUAAUUUACAUGUGAAUUGUUUUUCUGUAAAGAUUUUUGUUUUGAACUUAAAGUAUUUAUCCAGUUUAAACUUAGUAUUUUUUCCACGACAGAAAUAAGACCUUUUUUAUGGAUCUACUUAAAUUCAUCAUGAAAACAUCUGAUCAUUUGUAUAUGUUUGUCAUAUGAUGUCACUCAUUUUCUAAAAUGCUUUGUUUUUUACUCCUUUCCUGUAGCAGGUUUAUACAGUGGUUCACAGAAUGACAGGCCAUCAUUUAAAUUCAUAAAAAUGAGUCAAAUUAUUUUCUGAAACAAAGAAACCUAGGUACUGUAGUGAUUAAGUUGUACGUGGAUGGUGAUUAUAAAGGAGUUUUCAUACUUUAAAUGAUUAUAUCUAAAAAUUACUUGUCCUAUAGCAACAAAAUUUCACCAGAAACACAUUGAGAAGCAUGUUUUCUUUAGGAAGUUUUUCACCUGAUACAGGGUGUUUGAAAAACAGUCAGAGAGCUUUUUAGUAUGCUUUCUGUCAUUUUCAAUGAGUACAUCAAGUUUAUCCCUAAAUGAAAUCAUUGCAAGUAGCAUCUGUUUUGGACAGAGUUCAUUGAUUCUGUCAACAUCCUGUACACUGACAAACAUUUUAUUCAAAUCACCAAUCUCAUAUUUAAAAAUUGUGAAAAAAAUAAAAGUAAUGCUGGUUUAUGGAAAAAGCAAUUUUGGUAUACUGUAUGCAUGAUGUUGAAAUACUGUGUACCAACUCCAAACUUUCCUGAAUAAAACCUUUUGAUUCUCAAUAUGUCUCUGGUGAAAUUCUAUAACCUUAAGGACAAGUAGUUUUAAUGGUAUAAUAAUUUUAAACAUGAAGUUUUUUUUACAAUAAAUAUUUUAUAUAAACUUUUAUGCAUUUUUUUUACUCCUUAUGGGAAAGGUCAUGUUUACAAGUGUUCCAUGUGUCAGUCACUUGUUUGGAGUAUUAUAGCUAUAUAGCUAUUGGUUAUUUUGGUUGUAAUUUAUUAAUUUACAUUAUACAUAUUAAACAUAACUUCCAAAAACAUUUACAUUAUUACUGUUUGUGUAAAAUAUGAAUUAAAUUAUGUUUAGCAUAUGAAAACUGAAAUAAAGUAAGUUCCACUUAACUCAAAGCUUCUAACUACAUCUUAAAUUGUUCUACUCUUUAUUAUUUGUAUUGAUUAAGAGAAAUCAUGUUUUAUCACUAUUUUCUAAGUAUAAUAUUUCUUUGUGAUAUAUUUCUCAAUGCCUAAAUCACUUACAUUGUUGAUCUUAGUAUAUAAAUUAUUUUACAAUUAUGUACAGUCAGGAGUAUUGCCAAUUUCAGCAGUAAUUUAAAUUUCCAUUUAAACAAGAAAAAUGUACUGAAACUAUUCUUUUUUCAAUAUGAACAGAUUUUGUUUUAUUGCUUAUUUUACAGUGUAGAGAAUAUAAAUGUUAUAAAUUUCAAGGCAGAGGUACAAAUAUCACUGUAACCAAGAAAAAUUUUAAACAUAGAUAAUAAUAAUAUUUGUAAUGUAAGGAGUACAAAUGGAGAAAAGAAGAAAGUUUAAUUUCAUGGAGAAUACAAAUAUGAAUAGGAAGGAAGGGUUUCACUUUGGGAUAAUUCAGGUUUAGCUGAAUGUCUACCUAUUUUUAAAUAAUAUAUGUAUAUAAUGUUGAUACUGUACGUAAAUAGUUACUGUGCUUUUUAAUUUCUGAUAUCCUUGUUUCAAGAUUUAAAGAAAUGAGCUAUGUAAAUAUAUGUAUAUAUAUAUACAUGUAGCAUAUUAAGCGUAGCCUAGAGUUGAAUUAACCAGGUUCUAAAUAUUUUGGUGGCAUAGAGAAAACAAUAAAAUUGGUUAUUUGUAUUUAAUUUUAUACAUGCAAUAUCAGAUUUAGACGUGCAAUAUCAGAUUUAGACGUUUACCAUGAGAACUGUUGUUCGUAAGAUUUUAUGAUUUAACAAGAAAGUAUGUGAAUUCUAUUUUCCUACAUUUCUCUCUAGUCAUUUAUUUUACAGCUGAAGGUUUUAAAUUUAUUUUAAAAGUAGAUUUUAGGUUAUUCUGUAUAAUAUAUGUGAUAAUGCUAUAAGACUUAAUUUUAUUUUUUAGUUAAACUGGUUUUACAAUUUGAUUAUCUUUAACUAAGAUGAAAUGUGCUGUCCUAUUCAACAUUUCAAAUAACAGCCUCAAAAUUAUCAGCUAUUUUUUCUGUAUCAUUCAUUUUACUACCUUUUGAUUACAUGAUGAUAAGUUUCAUGAUGAUUCCAUGAAAGAGCUUUUCCAUCUCUUAACCCAUUGGUUCUUUCUGUGUUUCUUGUCAGCACUUUCCUUUCUCAAUUAUCUUUUAAACUCACUGUCCUUUUUUUCCGCUCUUUCAUUUGUUUCUUUUUCCUCUGAAAACUUUUCUUAGUGUUUCAGAGCAGACUUCUUACCUCACAUUCAUUCAAACCAGCUUUCUUUUAUUUCACUUUUUUUAAAAGGUAUCUAUGGUUUCUUGUUACAAUACCAGUCUUAUGAGGUUUUCUGUUUGUUCUAUAUAGUAAGUGACAAGUUUUUUGUUGAUCAUUUGUUAUCCAGGAUGUCAGUGAUACAGAAACUGUGCCUAUGUACAUAUUGCACUGAUAGCACUUUAGAUGUGAUUAUUUCUGUCUUCUACUUUCAGUUCAACUGCAGCUGCUUUGCUUUACUUAAAGUGUUUAUAUAGAUGAUUACAAAGCAAGAGGUGUCAGUAAUAAAGGAUUU